UUCUGAAGGAGGUUAUUGUGUCAUAAUUAGAGAGAAAAACAUUAGUCAACGUAUUUAAGAUGCCAGAAGAAGUGCAGACCACAACCCAGGACCAACAGAUGGAGGAGGAUGUGGAGACUUUUGCAUUCCAGGCUGAAAUUGCUCAGUUGAUGUCUCUGAUCAUCAACACAUUCUAUUCCAAUAAAGAGAUUUUCUUGAGGGAACUGAUCUCAAACUCAUCCGAUGCUUUGGACAAGAUCAGAUAUGAGAGUCUUACUGACCCAAGUAAACUGGAUUCUGGGAAAGAACUGAAAAUUUAUCUGAUUCCUAAUAAGCAAGACCGAACCCUCACCAUUAUUGAUACUGGCAUUGGGAUGACCAAAGCUGAUCUUAUCAACAACUUGGGUACCAUAGCCAAGUCUGGUACAAAGGCCUUUAUGGAGGCUCUGCAGGCUGGAGCUGAUAUCUCCAUGAUUGGCCAGUUUGGUGUUGGUUUCUAUUCUGCCUACCUAGUAGCAGAAAAAGUCACAGUGAUCACAAAACACAAUGAUGAUGAGCAGUAUGCCUGGGAGUCUUCUGCUGGAGGAUCUUUCACUGUCAAAGUGGAUAACGGUGAACCACUUGGCCGUGGCACAAAGGUUAUUCUGUAUCUCAAGGAGGACCAAUCAGAAUACUUUGAGGAAAAAAGGAUUAAGGAGACUGUGAAGAAACAUUCCCAGUUCAUUGGCUAUCCUAUUACACUCUUUGUUGAAAAAGAACGUGAUAAAGAAAUCAGUGAUGAUGAAGCAGAGGAAGAAAAAGAAGAAAAGAAAGAGGAAGCUAAAGAUGAGGAGAAACCAGAGAUUGAAGAUGUAGGCUCUGAUGAAGAGGACGAUAAAAAGGAAGGGGACAAGAAGAAGAAGAAGAAAAUUAAAGAGAAGUACAUUGAUCAAGAAGAACUUAACAAAACUAAACCCAUCUGGACUAGAAACCCUGAUGAUAUCACCAAUGAAGAAUAUGGAGAAUUUUACAAAAGUCUAACAAAUGACUGGGAAGACCAUUUGGCAGUUAAACACUUUUCUGUUGAAGGCCAACUUGAAUUCAGGGCUCUGCUCUUUGUACCAAGAAGGGCUCCAUUUGACUUGUUUGAGAACAGAAAGAAGAAAAAUAAUAUUAAACUAUAUGUACGCAGAGUCUUCAUUAUGGACAACUGUGAGGAGCUUAUUCCUGAAUAUCUGAACUUCAUAAGGGGAGUGGUUGACUCAGAAGAUCUCCCACUGAACAUUUCAAGAGAAAUGCUGCAGCAAAGCAAAAUUCUAAAAGUCAUAAGAAAGAAUUUGGUUAAGAAAUGUUUGGAGCUUUUUACUGAACUAUCUGAAGACAAGGAAAACUACAAAAAGUUUUAUGAGCAGUUCUCAAAGAAUAUUAAGCUUGGUAUCCAUGAAGACUCUCAAAACCGUAACAAGCUCUCAGAAUUGCUGCGAUACUACACAUCAGCCUCUGGUGACGAAAUGGUAUCACUGAAAGAUUAUUGUACAAGGAUGAAGGAAAGCCAGAAACACAUCUAUUACAUUACAGGUGAAACAAAAGAACAGGUGGCUCAUUCUGCAUUUGUGGAAAGGCUUCGAAAGCAUGGGUUGGAAGUAAUAUACAUGAUAGAGCCAAUUGAUGAGUACUGUGUACAACAACUUAAAGAAUUUGAAGGGAAAACUUUGGUGUCUGUUACUAAGGAAGGGUUAGAACUUCCAGAGGAUGAGGAAGAGAAAAAGAAGCAGGAGGAGAAAAAAUCCAAAUUUGAGAACUUAUGCAAGAUAAUGAAGGAUAUUUUGGAAAAGAAAGUAGAGAAGGUUGUGGUGUCCAACAGACUUGUUACUUCACCUUGCUGUAUUGUAACAAGCACAUAUGGCUGGACAGCGAACAUGGAAAGAAUAAUGAAGGCUCAAGCACUGAGAGACAACUCUACAAUGGGUUAUAUGGCUGCAAAGAAACAUCUGGAAAUUAACCCUGAUCAUUCCAUAAUUGAAACACUAAGACAAAAGGCUGAUUCUGAUAAAAAUGACAAGUCUGUAAAGGAUCUAGUUAUUCUUCUGUUUGAAACCGCCCUACUUUCAUCAGGCUUCAGUCUAGAAGAUCCUCAGACACAUGCAAAUCGCAUCUACAGAAUGAUCAAACUUGGUCUUGGAAUUGAUGAAGAUGAUACUGCUACUGAAGACUUAUCAGCACCAGCAACUGAAGAGAUGCCUCCGCUAGAAGGAGACGAAGACUCUUCAAGAAUGGAAGAAGUUGAUUAAGCUAAAUGCGGUUGUCAGUUACCUGACACUUAGGGGACCAUUCAUGAAACCACAAAUUUUGGCCAAUUAAAAGCACAAUUGGAAAAAAUUUUGAGUAGCCACAAUAAUUUCUGAUGUACGAAAAUUGCGCGAAAAUUCUUUUCUUGGUUGUACGAAAAUAUUGUGGUUGAAAUUUUCGUAUCCAAACUAUCGUAAAUGGCAUAAAAACCUUUCUGGAUUUCAAACGUCAGUGCAUGAUUUUGGAAGCCUCCCACUGGCUCUCCAACCUGGCCAAAAGAUAGCCACAAUACCAAAGGUUGAAUGAAUUCCGAAACGGUCAUAGUCUUUGCGAAAAAUACUACUUUUUUGUGAAAGUUAAAAUAUUAACGAAAUUAUUGUGCUCAAUACGAAAAGUUCUAAAAAUUAGAAAAAACUUGUGGUUUCAUGAAUGGGCCACAUAAAUAUGAUCCAGGCUAAUCUUUAAGAAUAGAUUUUGUACUUUUCUGCAGAUUAGCUGUUCUCUGCAUUCCGUAUAAAUAUUUAUUUUUAUUUUUUUUGAAUGUUUGUUAAAUUGCACUGUUCUUUUUUUCAGUAAAGAAAUGCUGACAUGACUAUUA